AUGACGGCGAUUCAACGCAACAUUGUAGUCAAUUUGAUAUCAAAAAGGCCAGUUUUUAACCCGCAUUUUCGCCCCGUUUUUCUCAAUUUUCUCUCGCAUUUUCGACGUGAUCACUGAUUUUGCGAACGUUUAGAUUACUCGGAACGUCGACGCCAAUGUUCAGCAGCAGCGACGAGAGAAACGACGAAAAAAUUAGUUUUGUGGAAAAAGUGCGACUUUUGGACUAUUGGAAAGUUCAGGAUAGCGCCCUUCAGAAGUGAGCGCAUACAACAAAAACAUGAGCAAAUUUGAUGCGAACAACUUUUGAGAGACGUUCCAAAAAUGCCAAAUUGCAGUGAAUUUCCGCGCUCCCGCCUCGUUUUGAUGGUCGAUCGGCGUCUUUUGGUUACAAACGGACAACAGGUUCGGAUGGUGGAGCACUCGCACGUGGAUCUCAAACGGAAGCUCGGCGACUACGGACUGCAGUUCGAUCUGAGCACCUCGUGUCUUUUGGACGCACUUCCCGGCGACAAUGAUUUGGUAAUACCGUCUAUUCAUAACGCUGUAUCUCAGCUGCGAGUGGAGAUUUCAAAAAGUUUUCAACGAAUAAAAUGUUCACCAUAUUUUGAUGAUAUCUUUACACCCAGCUGAGAUAUAUAGCUUUGAAUGGACGGAAUUUACCUAUUCCCUCCAGAUUCCCUUGUUCGGAACGUCGAUCGAAGCGGCGGAUCCGUCGGAAGACUCUCCGAUCACGAAAAACGAGGCCCUUCGUCAGCUGGGCGUCUCGUUGGGCGGCCGAUUCACCGACGUGCGCAUGGCGAUGCUGACGAUGGACGAGGAGCGGCAACGGAAUCUUCUCGCCAAGUUCCAGUCGCUGACGCGGUGGGCGUCCACGUACCGAAGGUGUCCCAAGUGCGCCGCCGCAUUGAAAAUGAGGACGAGCAAGAGCGGCGCCGAGUGUGUCACUUGUGCAAAAGUCUAUUAUCCGACGGUAGCCAUUUAUCGAUUUUAAAGCGAAUUUUUAGAUUUUUUUCAGUUCUCGCCCGUCUCGAUAACGCUCAUCACGGAUCCGACGAACGAGCACGCGCUUCUGGUGCGACACAAAGGAUCGGCGGGCGGAGUGUUCACCGCCGUCGCCGGAUUCGCUCAUGUCAGUCGCAAUUUUCAGUUUUCUAGUGAAAAAACUGGCAAAAUGCAGUAAAAUCAUUAUUUUCCGUAAAACCCGCCAAAACCCGCCUAAAUCCAUCAAUUUUCAGUCGGGCGAAAGUAUGGCAGAAUGCGCACGUCGCGAGAUCGCCGAAGAAGUCGGCAUUGAGGUGGAUUCGAUCCGCUCGCUGGACAUGUCGCAGCCGUGGCCGAUGCCCGACUCGUCACUCAUGAUCGCCCACAUCGCCGUCGCGAGAAUGGAUCAAAAGGUGCGACGACAAUCCGGAUGACUAUGAGAGAAAUACGCAAUGCGCCAGAUUUUACGACAUUUUCGAAAUAUUUGCAGAUUUCCGUGUGCCCCGAUGAGCUGGAGACGGCCCAAUGGUUCUCGCGUUCGCAAGUGCGUCAGGCGCUCGACACGACGCUCGCGGAUCCGUUUCUGAAGAAUUUGAAGCGGACUCUGGACGAUCGGCAGACUUUGCACUACAUUCCGCCGGCGGGAGCGAUCGCGCAUCAAAUGAUCAGCCAAUGGGUGCUCGGCAAGGAUAAUUCACGUCUUUAG